AUGUCCUCCAGUUUUAACCAAACUUCAAACUCAACUUUUGUCACACCUUCGGUCCACGAAUGCCACGAGUUGGCCUGUAUAGCCCGUUCGAAGUUGAUUGAAUGUGCCCAUACCAAUGACAAAAAUAAGGAUUUCGAUCUUAGAAGGCUUGUUGGUCAUGCCAACUUGUUGGACCGUGUCAUGGAUACCAUCGACAAUUACUCGGAUGGCAAGGACAGUCUAAGAAGAUCCAGGUCGAUGGAUGAUUUGACUUUGGAAGGCGAUGUAAUCACAUCUGAUAACGACGGUGAUGAUGGCCAAAGGUUGGAAGUCUCGGUCAAUGACACUCAAAGCUUGGAGAUUGAAGAACAAGAGUUGAAUGAUGAUGAGGACGACGACUCGAGCGUGGAAAGCUUUUCUGACGAGUCGGACGACGAGUUCGAGUAUGAUUUAUCUUUGGGCCAUGAUUUCUCCUUCGAUGAGAACAACAUGCUUUGGGAAUCCUCCACUUCCAUCAAAGACUCCACUCCAAGAACCAGUUCCCAAGAUUACGACGGGUUGUGUUUCUUCGACGCCCAACAAAACCCUCCAGAGAUGCCCAAGUCCAAUGGAAACAUCAUCCAUUUAAACUCUGCACUAAACAGUUUACGAUUCAUGACUCUGAGCUAUAAACGUUUCCAAGACCAAAACCCAUUCACAAAUGGCGUCAUGUCCACCAUUGUGGAAGACCCAGAAGCUGAGGAGUUGGCAGAGAAGGGAAUCGAACUCCCACAGCAACAAACCCAUCAACCUUUGCUGUUCCAAGCCAUGCAACAAAACUCUUGCAACUAUUCUUAUGUCGCAAGGCCAUUCAUUAAUGAUUCGCCAGUCAUUUCAAUGCCCUCUCCUCCUCCCUACCAGAUCACCUCUUUAUCUAUUGAAGAAGAUGAAUUGAGUGAAAGUGAAAUUGAGGAUGAAGAGUUUACCACUCAAUACAUUGAGAAUGCAGGUGUUUUGGCUCAUUAA